CGCCUCUCUCCUAGCAACGGCUUGGGCAGCGUGCCAAUUAGAGUCGAACGCUGCCUGCUGUUAGAUUUAAAUUCUGGAGGGAGGGACUUAGUGGGAUUGACGUGUCAGUGUUGCGACCGCCAGCCAAUCAGGAGGCGGGAAAGGGUUUAACGUCGCGUUGGAUUUAAACUGCGCUGAACUUUAUUCAGACUUCAGGCGAGAGAAAGAUCGCUUGUGUGGCGUUAUUUUAUUUACACAAUUUAAACGGAGGCAUAAUUCUAAUUAUUAUAAUUUUUUUAAAUGCAGAUUUAUUGCAUAAAACAGGUUCGACACGUAAAAAUUAGUUUUUAUGUUUUUUUUUAAUUUGAUGCAUUUUUUGAACUUGAUUUCUUUAUAAAGUGUCGACGGAACUUAAACGUUUUGGUUGAAUGUGUAAAUGUGUGUUGACUUUAGAUUAGCGUGAAGUCUUUUUAUUAUUAAGCUAACUUAAACCAAGAUUAAAUAAUGCUCCGGAACAACGUUACAAUAGAAACGUGCGAUCUGUCAAACUGCAUAGAGUUCAUUAAAGAUCAGCUGUAUUUUGCUAUUCUUCAUCAGAAGGUGAAGAGCACACCUGACAGACACUGUUUCUGCAUCGAUGAAGAGCUUUCCUAUGAGAACUUCUAUGCGGACUUUGGCCCGCUCAAUCUGGCCAUGUUUUAUCGCUUCUGUUGCAAACUCAACAAAAAGCUGAAGUCUUGUGCUCUUGCAAAGAAAACAAUUGUGUUUUAUACCUGUGGUGACCGAAAGAAACAAGCCAAUGCUGCGUAUUUGAUCGGCUCUUUUGCUGUGAUGCAUCUACAGAAAACACCAGAAGAAGCAUACAGCCUUCUGGUCUCUCAAAAUGCGUCUUAUCUUCCUUUUCGAGAUGCAUCUUUUGGAACUUGCAUGUACAAUCUGAAUAUCCUUGACUGUCUGCUGGCCGUUCACAAGGCUCUGCAGUUCGGCUGGCUGGAUUUCUCAAAGUUUAAUGUGGAGGAAUAUGAACAUUAUGAGCGGGCAGAAAAUGGAGAUUUCAACUGGAUAAUUCCAGGGAAGUUUUUGGCUUUCAGCGGCCCUCAUCCAAAGAGCAAAAUUGAGAAUGGAUACCCUCUUCAUGCCCCUGAAGCGUAUUUCCCCUACUUCAGGAAGCACAACAUCACCACCAUCAUCCGGCUCAACAAGAAAAUGUACGACGCCAAGCGUUUCACAGACAUGGGCUUCAAGCACCACGACCUGUUCUUUGUAGACGGCAGUACGCCCAACGACGCCAUCGUCACCAAGUUCCUGAACAUCUGCGAGAAUGAUGACGGAGGCAUUGCUGUCCACUGCAAAGCCGGUCUGGGCCGGACAGGGACUCUGAUUGGCUGUUAUAUGAUGAAACACUUCAGACUGACUGCAGCUGAAGCCAUCGCCUGGAUCAGGAUCUGCAGACCCGGUUCGAUCAUCGGACCUCAGCAGAACUUCAUCGAUGAAAAGCAGGCGAGUCUGUGGGAAGAAGGUGAUUUGUACCGGCAAAAAAUAAAUGAGCAGGAAAACGGCUCAAGCAAAGCAGCAGUGGCUGGAAUCCUGUCUGGAGUGGAAGAUAUUUCCAUUAAUGGUACAAACAAGAACAUUUCACAGAGGAAAACAGCCUCUGAAACGCACACUGAGGAAGAGGAAGAGGAGUGCGGAGGACUCACACAAGGCGACAAACUUAGAGCUCUGAAGAGUAAGAGGCAGUCCAGAGCAUCCACGGGUUCAAUAUCGUUAGAAGAAAAUACAAUUCACUCCAAAUCAACAUCAAGGUCAUUAAGCUCAGAUAAAAGGAAAAGGACUCGGGCUUCUCUUGGAUCCAUCAGGGCCACUAGCCCUUUACAUUCAAGGCUCGCUAAAUCUUUAGGCAGCUUGCACGUAACGGCCUGUGAAAAGGAUCACGUGUUUUCUGACGUUAGCGCUGGCUCAGUGGCCAACUGUAAUUUCAUCAAGCAGUCGAACUUAAAGCACUUAAGCCACGCGGCCCAGAGAUCCUCCUCUGCCGUAUCACUGCAGCUCUAUGGCCACAGUCUGAGUUCCUUCAGCUCAUAACUCCAUCUCCAAAGCUCGAGCUCCUGUCCUCCGCUGAAACCCGCCGUGGAUCCAGUAAAGACCAACAUCGCUGCACUGAUAUCCCUCGAGUUUUACUUCUUCAUGGUUUUGUCUAAGUGAUCUACUAUAAACUAUACUCAAACUGUGUUUACUGAGAAAUCAGCAGAUGUUAACCAUUUUUAUUUGAUCAAGAGAAAGCAAUGAGUUUAUUUUUAAAUCAGAGAGCUUUAAGCAUAUGUGAAAUUUGACUUUUUAUGCCAUUUGUAAAUAUCAUGAGUGUCAGAAGCUGCCUUUACCAUUACGCGUUGUUACUAAAUCUGUAAUGUUGCUUUUUUUUCCUUUUUUUUUUUAAUACUGUAUCGAGUACUUUAUUAAUACUUACAGAAAUGUGACAGACUGUAAAUAACCGAAUGUGAAUCAUACUGUGCUAAUCAUGACUGAAAGCUGUAUAUAGGCUGGAGUUUGAUUAGACUGAAAGGACUGUGUGUUUGUUUUGUUUUUUUACUGUAAUUACAGCAUACCUUUAUUUUGGUGACCCAAUUUAAAUCAUGAUUAUUUCACAUGUAAAAUAUAUAUAUAUAUAUAUAUACAUAUAUAUAUGAUAGGAAAGGAUUUGAGUCAUGCCUUUUAAUAAAUCCUUUCUGCUAUUGCAAAUGUAGUUGUUGAAUAAACAUCAUUAUAUAUUUCUGUUUACUCGCACUUAGAAAGAAAAUAAUCAUUUAACUAAAAUAUAUAGACAACAACUAGUAAAGAAACCCAUAGCAUGUGAACGACUAAAAAAUUAUAAACAAAAUUAGUAAAAUUAAAAUGAAAAACUCAUUCAAAAUAUUAAUAAAAACGAAUAGAAUUUCAAAAAUAAGUAAAUAUAAUUGUUCAGGUUAUGCACAGAUCUAAUUUAUUUGACUAGAAAUUGCUUUAUGACUGCAAUCUCCAAAAUUGCUUAAAUUCUUAUCCAGCAAACAAACAAAUGUAAAAGUUACUUUAGGGUUGUGGGACGCUUGUUUAUUGUUUAAAAAUAGUUUAAAAUUGUAUAAUAAAGUUGAUCUGUGAAAUGAAUAUUGGGUGGGACUCGAUGUCUGU